AUGAAUUAUUAAUAAGCAAUUCAAUCCUGCAGUCCUACUAAAUAAAAGUAAGAGUCAAUCUUAUUGAAGAUAAGAGGAGAUUAGCUCUCCGAUUACGAUUUCUCUUCAAUCCGAAUUCGAGCAGUUAACAUUGGACACUUCUCCCAAAUUAGAUCCCCUAACUAAUUAGCAUAGUGGGAUUCUUGACUUCAUUGAUGAAAUCGAUUAGGAGGAGAAGUUUAAAAAGCAUCAGAGUUUGAGCUUGUAGAAAGAGCUGAUCCGCAGACACAAUAAAAACAAAACCAACGAAGGUCAAUCGUCUCCCAAUUCUAAUUAGUCUCUGAACGAUCAAAAGUUUAAAUAUAUCAAAGAACUUUGGUUAUAGGAAUCACCAAUAUAAGAGAUGAAUAAAUAAGUUCUAUCGUAGAGAGUGAUUUCGAUCAAUGAAGAACAAUACUUCAAAGAUCUUCAGAGUGACAACGUUAUAGGGAUGGGAGUCUAUCACUCCAACGAAGCCAGUCCUUUAAUGUACUUCGAACCUGACAUUGAGGCCGACAUCUACAUCUCUAGUUUGAUAGUAAUAACUAAAAUUAAAUUCUCAAUAGGAUUCACUAUGGGGAAAUCAAAUAAUUUCUCGAAAAUUGCAGAAACUAAUUGAAUCUGGCACUCCAGAACAAUAAUUGUUGAUAGUCCAAAAGUUGGAAAGGAUCAGUCCCCAAAUUGAGAAGGAUGUCUUUGGGAAUUAUGUAGUCCAAAAGAUCUUCGAUAGUAGUGGAGAUGUCAAACUAAAAAGCAGGAUGUUUAAUAAGUUGAAGACGCACUUUUAUGAUUUGUCUAAGAACCCCUUUGGUUGCAGAGUCAUGCAGAAAUUAAUUGAGUAUUCGUAAGGCAAAGAGGAGGUCUAGAAUUCUAUACUUUCUUAAUUGGUUUAGAACAUGAGAUCUUUGAUUUACGAUUCCAAUGGCAAUUAUGUCAUUUUCAAGAUGCUAGAAUCCUAUGAUAAAUCUAAAAUGGAAUUUCUCAUUCCCAUCGUUGAAGAAUCAGUAAGUAUCAUGCAUCUAUUCUAGUUCCAUUAUAUGGCUCAAUAAAUCUACGGUUGCAAAAUCAUUCACAAGAUCAUCCAACAAUACGCUCCCAUCUACAUUGCCAACCUAUUUAAACAAUCUAUCGCCAAUUAUUCAGUCUUGAGUUAAACCGAAUUUGGAAACUAUAUUCUUCAGCACAUAUUAUAGUUUUGGGUAGUAUCUCCUGAGAAAACUCGAUUAAUCUAACUUGUAAUCUAACAGUUUUAUCAAUUAAGCAUCAAUAAGUAUGCAAGGUAACGAAUCAUCUCUCUACAUAUUAGCAAUACUGUCGAAAGAGCCUUGGAGACUUUGAGUAAACCUGAAUUGAUAACUGUUCUAAAUUGGCUGCUCUUCAGAAACUAAGCUUAAUAAUAGUUCUCCUAUGUAGCUUCUAACUUUGUCCAAUUGGCAAAUCAUUAAUUUGCUAAUUAUGUGAUCAAGAAAUUUUUGAUCUUGAUCGAUUAGUAAAUGUAGCAAUCUAUUUUAAAUUUCUUAAUUAAAAAUUAACAAGAGUAUCAGGCUCUGAAGUCCACUUUGCAUGGUAAUGUAUUUGAGUGAUUCGAAUAGGUUAACGAAUAUGUAGUCUUUUAGAGAAAUAAGCGAAAUGUUGA